AUGUACAGUUCAGAGUCUACUCUGGACAACGGUGAAAGAUCUCCUACCUCUGUUUCCUACGAUUGUCCUCCGCGUGAUCCCCUUGAAGAGAAGGUGAUUCGCCAUCUUACUCGCUCUAUCCCCCUUGAACUGCGACGAGUGGAAUCUUGUUCUGGGAAGUCCGUGUUUUCUAAAAACUCGAAAGGAUCGCGGGGUUCCAAGGGUUCCAAAGCUUCUUCGUCUCGCAGGAAACGCAGUGGAAAGCUAGAAAAGAAGAUCAGUCAAAUCAUCCUAAUGAGCUCUGCAUCGGAGGUGUCUGAUUCCAGCUAUUCUACAAAGGAGUGUACUAAUUCGGCCUGUCGUUCUGCUCAGUUCAUCUUGACGGAUUUGUUCUACGAGGCUUCCAAAACCAUGAAUGAUGCUGCAUUGCCGCAACCACCCUUUGCAAAUGGAACAUCUUGGUCCCAAAUUGCCGAACCAGAGGAGUCCUCAGAAGACACUCCCACCAAGCUCCCAGAUCCACAAGGCGUGACACUUUCGGAUGUUCUCCCUCCUCGGCACCCGGAUAGUCUCACUACAGAACACAAAGACACAGUUUCGUCGAGUCAGCCUUCUGAUGUCGACCAGCAGACGAAUGGCAGCAGUAAGAGCAAGAGGGACCAGCAACCGGAAGAUCCAUUUGCAGAUUUGGAUAUUCUCCCUGCUUAUUCGGCCCACAUUGAUGUUAUCAAGGAAAUGGAGAAUGAGAGUCAACUGUCGUCUCACUUCGGAAACGGAUCAAAUGAGGAACAUGGGACCAGCUUCACAUUGAAGCGUGAUAACACCCUGAAUGCCUCCUCCGAGGGUACAGGGACGCUAGGUUUCUCGCUGGAUGCGGACGAUAGCUUGCUUCAGUACAGCUCUACGAACUUGACAUCCGCAUUUUCUACUGCUGACUUUGGUGAGCCACAGUUCAACACUGGACAGGUCGCAGAGGAUACCCCAGCUGUCACCCAACCCCAAAGCAACUCAAAGAUGGCUGAAAUGUGGACCAGCUUUGAUGCGUCUCCCUUUCAAGAUCAAGCCUUCACGGAUGACUUUGGUUUCGACUCUUUCCCUCCAUUCGACAAUGACGGCGUGCAACGUUCGCCUCGCAAGAUUGUCAAGCCCACGGGUGGGUUUUCGACACACAAUGAGACUGAUCCCGCUUGGGAUCCUUCCAGAAUGAAUGUCGCGGCAUCGUCUCCAUAUUCUCCAGCCUCCGUCUUCAACUUCUUUUCUACCGACGACGAUAAUGAUUUGGGUGUUCCCGAUUCGAAGAGCGACACUCUAUGGGAUUCCAUUGCUGACAGCUACUUUCAGUGA